AUGGCCCCAGCCUGGUCCUUACUCCCGGCCCUGCUGCUGCUCAGCUGCAAUGCCAUCUGCUCUCUGGGCUGCCAUCUGCCUCACACCCACAACCUGGCCAACAGGAGGGUCCUGACACUCCUGCGACAACUGAGGAGGGUCUCCCCUUCCUCCUGCCUGCAGGACAGAAAUGACUUCGCAUUCCCCCAGGAGGCGCUGGGUGGCAGCCAGUUGCAGAAGGCUCAGGCCAUCUCUGUGCUCCACGAGGUGACCCAGAACACCUUCCAGCUCUUCAGCACAGAGGGCUUGGCCACCACGUGGGACCAGAGCCUCCUGGACAAGCUCCGCGCUGCACUGGAUCAGCAGCUCACUGACCUGCAAGCCUGUCUGAGGCAGGAGGAGGGGCUGCGAGGGGCUCCCCUGCUCAAGGAGGACGCCAGCCUGGCUGUGAGGAAAUACUUCCACAGACUCACUCUCUAUCUGCAAGAGAAGAGACACAGCCCUUGUGCCUGGGAGGUUGUCAGAGCACAAGUCAUGAGAGCCUUCUCUUCCUCAACAAACUUGCAGGAGAGAUUCAGGAGAAAGGACUGACACACACCUGGUUCAACAUGGAAAUGAUUCUCAUGGACCAACAGACCACACUUCCUCCUGCACUGCCAUGUGGAAGACUCAUUUCUGCUGUCAUCAUGGCCUGAAUUGAUUCAAUUUGUCGAAUAUUUCCUGGAAUAUUAAGUGACAUUAUGUUCUACUCUACAGGCACUUGGUCCUCACAGAUGCUGAAGCUGAUCUAUCUACUUAUUCACUACCUGGACCAUUAUUUAUGUCUUUUAGUAUUUAUCUAUUUAUAAAUAUUUAAGUGAU